AUGGACUACAAAGCUUCUUUGGUCAAUGGCACAAAGUUGCUAUACCCCCGGAUCACAGACGAGCUCCUGCGCCAACUGUCGAAGCUAUACGGCAAGGAGGGGUGGAACUUGAACAAAUUGGACAAAUGGAGAAGCCAGGACUUCCCUAAAGAACUCAGCAAACGGUACUCCCAAGGUCGUUUGUACAUCACCAAGGCCGAAUUGGCUUUACUCAUGGACUGGAAACUCGCCAAGGGUAAGUUCAGGCCUUCGCUUCCAAAGCUCAUCCAGGCAAAUUCAGAGGAAUCUGUCGAGAAGGCCACGAAAAGCGGAUUCCUGAUCUUCACAGAGUACGCGAAGAAAAACGCCAAUUGGCUGGACGUGGAUUUGGUGGAGUAUCAGAACGUGCUACGCCUGAGCUUGAAAAGAUUGACCGAAUUGAGAGGCGUAGGCCCUGCUACGGCCAGUUUGCUCUUGGCCGUCCUUAAAGAUGUUACUCCAUUGGCGCCCCCAUUCUUCAGUGACGAGGCUUUUCUUUACUUUGUCCAACAGCCUCUACGCCCGGGCCAACCCAUCAAAUACAAUCUCAAGGAAUACGCCGACGAUUUCUUGCUGGUGAUGAUCAAUGUCGCCAGAAAGUACCAAAUUGACUCACUUGAUGAACAGGCUCACUGA